UCGUCGUCCGUCACUAGAACGAAAAAUAACAAUUCAGCUACCUGGCAACGCUAAAAAAAAUCAACAAACGACGCCGCGCAAUAAUUCGAAACUUCUUGCAACUGUUUAAUAAUUCCAGGAAUAGAAGCAAUAAUAUCCGAAAAAAAUAUGAGCAACAAGAGCACACCAGUGCGCCAGCGCAUCCAACAGUUCCAAACGCGAGGUACGCAUAAAUCGACGCCGGCGUCUGAGAUUAGUGGCCUGCGCAAGAAGGUGCUGAUGACGCGUAAGGAGGAUCGCGAUCGUCCCGAACAGCUGCUGAAUACGGCCUUCAGCGGGAGCACCCCACAACCGAAACCGAAAUCGACAGCCCUAAAUGCCUGUUACACGCCCUCGUCGCUUUACAGAAAUGCAAACCACACUCCCGGAAGAACAAAGACUCCGGGCACCGGAAAAUCCAGUUCCAGCAGACCCAAGGAUCGGGAUUCUCUGAUGGACUCCUGCCUCAGCGUUUCCGAGGAAAGUAACAUGAUUGUGGCGGUGCGAGUGCGUCCACUCAACGCUCUGGAGUGCACACGUGGUCAGGUCACCAAUGUGGUCCAGGUCCAUGGAAAUAGCAAUGAGUUGACUGUCCAGGCGGGCAGCAGUGCUGAUUCCUCAGCCGGCGUGACGCAUUUCUUUAGCUACGAUCAGGUUUACUAUUCUUGCGAUCCGGAGAGGAAGAACUACGCCUGCCAGGCAAAAGUCUUUGAAGGCACAGCUCGUCCUUUAAUCGAUACUGCCUUCGAGGGCUAUAACGCCUGUCUCUUUGCCUACGGUCAGACGGGUUCGGGUAAAUCCUACAGUAUGAUGGGCAUUGAGGCGCUGGAUGAUGCUGCUUUAGAUGGAGGACCACCGCAUGAUGAAGCCGGUAUUAUUCCACGUUUCUGCCAUGAGCUGUUCCGCCGGAUAGAAGCUGUGAAAAGCCAGCAGCAACUGCAGGUGGAAGUGGAAGUCAGCUACUUUGAGAUAUACAACGAAAAGAUCCAUGAUUUGUUGAGUGUCCAGCACGCUGCUGCUGCAUCUGGAGAGUCCACUCCUGUCCAGCAGCAGCACCAGCAACGACCUGCUUUGAAGGUGAGAGAGCACCCAAUUUUUGGACCCUAUGUUGUGGAUUUGAGUGCCCACUCGGUGGACUCCUACUCAGCACUUCGCAACUGGCUGGCCGUGGGCAACUCCCAACGUGCCACCGCUUCCACGGCCAUGAACGACAAGAGCUCGCGUUCGCACUCCAUUUUUAACAUCGUCCUAAACCUCACCGAUCUGAGCAGUGAUGAUGGAUCCUCCGAUACGGGCUCGGGCACGGUUUCCUCGCUCCGGCAGACACGGCGCAGUAAAAUUAGUUUGGUGGAUUUGGCGGGCAGUGAGCGCAUCAGCGUCUCUGGAUCAAAUGGCGAAAGGAUACGCGAGGGUGUGAGCAUUAACAAGAGUCUGCUGACACUGGGAAAAGUCAUCGCUGCUUUAGCCGAUUCUCGAAAGGCUAGUGGGAAUGGACUUCUGGGUUCCGGAACACCCAGUACAUUCGUCCCUUAUCGAGAAAGCGUGCUCACCUGGCUUCUGAGGGAAAAUCUGGGCGGUAACUCGAAGACAGUCAUGUUGGCCACCAUAUCACCGGCUAGCCUGCAUGCGGAUGAGACUUUGGCCACUUUGCGUUAUGCAUGUAAGGCGCGUUCUAUUGUUAAUCGGGUGAAGGUUAACGAAUCGCCCCACGACAAGAUCAUCAGGGAUUUGCGUGCCGAAGUGGAUCGCCUGAAAUCGCUCAGAAACGAGUAUGAGCGUCAGAGGCGUUUAUCCGGUAAUAAUAACAAUCCCGUGCCACGAAAGAUCAUUAUCGAAACUUCGGUGGAUGAGACAGAAGUAGAGGCACUGCGUCAACAGCUGGCUGAACGGGAAAGGGAGUUGAGUCGAGCGCAAAAGUCGUGGAUGGAGAAGCUCAAGGAGGCGGAGGAUCAACGAAAGUCGGAGUUGCGUGUCUUGAAACGCCGGGGAUUGGCUUUGGAACUAACCGCCGAGCAGAAGCAGGCAUGUCUGGUUAAUCUAACGGCGGAUCCCAUACUUAGUGGCACUUUGUUCUACCUGCUGCCUCAAGGACUCGUGCGCAUAGGAAGAGGUCGACUGCCAGGAGGCAGUGCCAAUUCUCAGCCGGAUAUCGUGCUAGACGGUCCAUUGGUGGCGUUGCAGCACUGCAUCAUUGAACAUGAACGUGGUGGCAAGUUGUAUGUCAUUCCAGGAAGCGAGGACUUUGAGACCUAUGUAAACGGGGAACUCCUGGAGGAUCGUCGUCAGCUGUUCCACGGCGACCGCCUGGUAAUCGGUGGUUCCCACUAUUUUCGCAUCUCCAAUCCCUUCUGCUCGCAAAGAGGAAAGGCUGAAAAUCCCGUCGAUUUCCAGUUGGCCCACCAGGAGAUUCUGCAGAAACAGGAGCAGCAACUGCGAUCUGAACUGGAGGCGGAAAAGCGUGCUGCCCUCACUCGGAUCGAACAGGAGCGGGCUCAGCAUGCUCGAGACUUUGAGGAACGGCUGCAGUGCCUCGAACUGGAGCAGUUUAAGUACAAGUGCAACAGUGAGAUGUUAGAGACUGAGCGCCAAGCCUUGGCCUUAGCCCAGCAGCAGGAGCACACACCCCUAAGGCAGGAGGAUGCGGUAUCUACUCCUGCACAGAAAUCCACCAUUCUAGAAGACAUUCAACGCAUCAUGCUGAAUCCCUCGGAAGAGAGUCUUCAUAAGACCCAGCUGAUGGUCAAGGAGGCCACCCAACGCUGUCGCCAAUUGGAUCUGCCAUUGGAAUUCCGACAAACCCAGACGCCGGAUGAGUUUGGCUUGCUACGCACCGUUAUCCUCAUCCUGGACAAGCAGCGAGGUCUUAAGGCCGAGUGGCCCACUGCCAGACUGGGAGUAUGGUUGGAUUUGGUCAGGGAUAAUGCGGAGCAGCAGGAGAAACUAAAUGCUAGAACCAUUUUUCAAAGUGUUGAGGUUGACUGGGAGCCACUGGACGCGGAUCUAAAUGAAACACUGAGCGACACUCAUAACUCUAGCCGCAUCGCCUUGAAUCUGAGUGCCAUGAAGGAUGUGUUAUUGAAUAAACCGCUGAAGAGGCUACUUAACGUGUCCAGCAGUAGCAAUACACCCCGCCAGACAUCCACUCCCUCACCUGGCAGUCAAUUUGUUCAUUACACCAAACGCUUGCUAACGUAUGAUGCCGAGGAAACGCCAGGUAACCAGAGUAAUUUCACGACGCUCGUCCAACAGGAGCUGCAGGUAAUGCAGCGAUCCGCUCAGCGAUUGCGAAGGCACUGUGAAAGUGCCCUUCUCGAGCGGGAAAAUCAUCAGGACAACGGUGUUCUGGCCGUAAGCCUGCAAGAGGCUCUGGUUCGUAUGGACACCGUGCUCAAUGGGAUGCACACUUCGUUGGCCCGAGCAGAGGCCACUGCAAGUGUCACCUCACCAACUAAAACACAGAAGGCUGUGCGCUUUCUUAUCGAUUGAC